AUGGGAGUCCCUGAAGCUGAAAUUGGUGAGCAUGAAGAACUAAACAAAAGUCUAUGAAGGACCAAUGCAGAAAUAACGCUAAAAAAUUCAAUUUUCGAGUUUUUCUAUCAACUUUAUCAUACAAAAAAUAUUGAUGAGCUAUCAAUUUUAAGCCAAAAAGUGAAAGAAACCUUUAUAGCAAUUAUUUGGUGCCUUCAAAUAAUGAGCUUACUGUGAAUACCAAAUCUACCAAUAUCCAAUUGAAGUAAAAAUAUGACGAUGUGAGAAAUUAUAGGAUACUUAAGACUUGACAAUAUUUGCUCAGAAUUCGAAAUUAUUACCGAAUUCUUUUUUUUGACUAUUAUCAUGGCUUUUAUAAUUUUUUUAUGUAUUACAGCUAUGACUUUGCUAUAUUAUAAUUCGCAUAAUAUUCCAAAAUUUAUCCUUACUAUUUUUAAAUCAGUUUUUGAUAUAUGGGCGAUUGCCUUUUUAAUACCUUCAAUUACAUUAUUUUCAGCAUUUUUGAAAUAUAAUUUAUUAUCUCAAGAUAUAUCUGCAUAUGAAAGCAAUAAUGAUCAAGAUGAAUUUAAAUUAAGUUCUAUCUCGCAAUUAAUCAUAAUUUUUAUUAUGAUUCUUAUAUUUCCUUUGAUUAUAGUCAAUCAAGAAUUUUCUGGUUUAAUUAGGCAUUCAAUAAGCAGCAGAGUAUUAAAAGCAAAGGCUCAUUCUAAAAUUGAUGUCCACAUUGCAAUUUUUACUUAUUUUUCUCCAAUACUUUAUGUCUGCACUGGCAAAGAUUACAUGGUUUAUUUUCAAUUAUUUAUGAUGAUUAUUUCACUUAUUUUGAUAUGAGAAAUUGCGAAUUUUUCUCCAUAUUUUUCAUUUUAUUAUGGCUUGCUUAAAAUUCUUGAGCUCUUUGCUAUUGCUUUAAUCUCUUUUGGUUUUAUUUUAGGACAUUUAAUGGAUAAUUCCCUAGUUAUUAUUUUUAUCGCAGUCAUUUUAGGGCCAUUUUCAGCUUUAUUUGUUAUACAAUUUACGUUAAAUUUGCAAAGUAAAUUCAAUGUGGAUAUUCCAGAAAAUUUGUUAGAGAUAUAUUCUAAAUAUGAAUUAGAGAAAUCAUUGAGGCAUUCAUUAUGUUCUAACGAUUUUGAACAUAAAGAUCAGAUAAUAAAUAUCUUUGAAACGUUUUUUAAUGAUACAGGGUUUGACAGAGAUAAACUUCAGCUGGUCUGAGUAGCAAACUAUUGCUUAUUUACAUUAAAAGAUGAAUCAUUAGCAAAAAUUAAGUUAAGCAGGACCAAAUAUAUUUCAAAAUGGAACUUAGAAGCUGAUUUUCAAAUAUAUUGUACAAAUAAAGUUAUCCAAGGUUCUGUAACAAGUGAAAAUGAACAAUAUAUUAUUUAUUUGCAGCAAUUCCAUCUGAUAAAAAAUAAAGAUCUAAAGCUAUGUGUCAAUCUAUUGAAAUUCUGGGAUGAAUUGACUUCAUCAAGACCUGAUCUUAACAGACUAAAAAAAAGGCUAGCCUUAAUUAAUAAAAAUAUAGUAUUUAUCGCAGAGAAGUAUAGCCAGCUCUCAACAAAAUUUUGCAAUAGCAGAGAAGCUUUAUCACUCUAUACUUCCUUUAUGAGAGAUGUUCUUUUUGAUAAUGAAAAAUCGAGAUUUCUUGAAAAUAAAUUAAGAUUUCUUAGUAUAAGCAUUGGUAAUUCCGGCUUAAACCCUUUUAGCUUUUUUGAUGAUACCAAUUCUAUAUUAAUAGUUUCAGCUGAAAAAGAAAGCUUUGGACGAAUUUUAUUCACAAAUGCCCAAGCAAAAAACAUAAUGAAACUUACUUCAUUAAACUUCGAUAGAGGCAAUAUAAUGAAUUUUAUUCAUUCUUAUUAUUGAAGACAACUAAAAGAGUUUGCUAUUCGAUACUCACAUUUUUGCUCUAAUUCAGAAAUUAAUUUAAAGGAAGGCUUCUUUUUGAACCUUCCUUCAGAAUUUUUAAUAGGAUGCAUAGGAAAAGUAUCAGUAACCGCAAUUGGUAACUUUAUUGUUUUUGUAUUGGUUUUUAAGCAAAGUCCUAAAAAUUACCAAAUUGCUUUACUAUCUGAAAAUGGAGAAAUAUUGUGUCACACUAAAGACUUUGCUGAAAGAGCUGGAAAAAAACCUGAUAAUUUAGUAGGCUGCAAUAUAAAACAUUUAUUUCCUAAUAUAGAGCAAUAUUCCAUCAAUAAUGACUUUGCUAAAUCAGAAAGCAGCCUAUAUUACUCCAUUGCUUAUUUUCAAAACUUAAAGAUAUAUUAUGCUUUGCUUAUAAGUGAUUAUAAUGAGAUUCAAACAUCAAAAAAUGAAGAUAUAAAAUAUACACUUGAUAUAAAAGGAAAAAAAGAUAUAAAAAGUCAUUCAUCUUUGAACUUAUUAGAAUGGUUCGAUAAGGAAUUUAAAAAAGAAUCUCAAAUUGAAUUAUCUUAUAACUCUGAAAUGCAUCUAAAUUCUCAAAACUUUAAUAAGAUACCAGGAAAAUUUGAAAUGAAUUAUAUAGAAAAUUUUGAAGAAGAAAAAUCUGAAGUUUUGAGAAAUAACAGAUUUACUAAAUUGGUGUUAUCAUCUUCUAAAAAAAUAAACAUGCUACAUUUUGCUUUCAUUUUAUCGGUAAAUGUUAUAUAG